UCACAGAGAGCCCUGCUCUGCCCCUAAAGACAAACAAAGCCUAUUAAUUCUGCUCCUGCUGGCAGUAUCGCCUCAUUGAUUACCUCUGUCUGAGCAGCCCUGUAGCUGUAGCAGCUCUGUAGCUGUAGCAGCCUAGUAGCUGUAGCAGCCUGAGGCAGCAUCUUGCCCAGGAGAAGACGCCACCCAUGAACCACCACAUCUCUCCAUCUGACCCUCCCACUUCUGUCCAUCAUGACAGUAGCAGGUGUGGUUUCAUGGAAGAGCCGUAUGUGCAGGAGCACAAAAGCAGACUUGAGAAGGCGAGGAUGACAAUAUUGGAGAAGACUAGGAAGGUGUUCAGGAUUCGUAACAGUACCAUAAGAGAGAUGCUGGCAGAAGCACUGGGAACAUUCAUCCUCAUGGUUUUUGGCUUAUCUUCUGUGGCACAAGUGGUAUUGGGAAAAGGAAACAACGGUCAGUAUCUGAGCAUCAAUAUGGCAUUUGGGAUUGGUGUUACCUUGGGCAUCUAUGCGGCUGGAGGAGUAUCUGGAGCUCAUCUGAAUGCCGCCAUCACCAUUACACAAUGCGUUUUAGGGAAUAUCUCCUGGACAACACUUACAGCUUAUAUAAUCGGCCAGUUCCUGGGUUCCUUUAUGGCAGCAGCCACCGUCUUUGCUGUCUACUAUGAUGCUAUUUAUGACUACACCCAAGGAAACCUUACAGUGUCAGGACCAACUGCCACAGCGAUGAUCUUCUCUACUUACCCUGCUCCCAAUGUAUCCUUGCAGGGAGCCUUCUUCACAGAGUUUACAGCAACAGUUAUGCUGAUCCUGGGUGUUUUAGUCAUCCAUGAUGAGAAAAACAAUGCGGCCAUCAAAGGCGCUCAGCCCAUGCUCACGGGUAUGCUGGUCCUGGGCAUUGGUCUGGGAAUGGGGCUGAACACAGGCUAUGCCAUAAACCCCUCCAGGGACCUGCCCCCCCGGAUCUUCACGGCAAUUGCUGGCUGGGGAACGGCCGUCUUCACGGCUGACCAUUCCUGGUGGUGGGUCCCAGUCACAGCUCCAAUUCUGGGAUGUCUUUUUGGUGUUUUCAUCUACAAACUCUGCAUUGACUUUCACAACCACCCUGGCCAUGAAACUGAACACAAGAAAGAACAGGCAGACAUGGAGACUUCAAGACUGUGACAGACAUGUGCUGUGAUGACACAUGUGAAGGGCACAGCUGUUUGUCCACCUUUUAGGUGGACAGAUGAGGGACUAGAUUUCAGUAAACCUACUCUGCUUAAACAGACAAAUUUGGUAUCUAAGAUAUUGAGCAGACCUGUGUAGGGGUAGACCUGACUGUGACCUGAAGAAAUGAUUUAAUCUCUCUGUGAAAAAAUUUACAAAAAACACCAAUCCCAAAACCCAAAAAACCCCAAAACAAAACUCAACCCCCAAACAAUCAUCAUAUUCUGAAGAAAAACAAAGCAGAGCUACAAGUCUCCAGAUAAGUAUCUAUACAUAUAAAUCAAAAUACAGGCAUCAACAGUGGCAGAUACAUGAUUUAGUUAAUUAACAUAGAAAUAUUCAUCUGGAAUAUUCCUUGGUAAGAGGCACCAGUGGCCUAGGCUUGCUUAAUGUUCAUAUUUGUCACCCUAAGAAACACCUAGUUUGGAACAGCACAAAAGAGAGAACAAGGACAGUCUAAAAUAGAAACAUGAACCUGU